UUCAAUAAAAUUCGAAACAACAUGCUCAACAUCUAGUUUCCAGAAAUUGUCCUUUCCUCAACCAGAAAUCCGCUCAAAUAUCAAACAAUUCAAUGCCUCCACUCUGAAGCUUUCAAAAAUCAAUUCUUCGUAAGAACAAUUCGGAUUUGGAAUAGCCUACCGUCAGAAAUUAUGAAUUGCGUGAGAGAAAACAAAUUCAAAGUGUCAGUGACAGAAUGGUUGCGUCCACGUCAGUGGGUGAAGGUGGCCUCCACCAACACCUGGACCCUAGUAUAGACUUAUUAGAGACAAUUGUUACUCUUUUGUUAGCCUUUUGUUAUCCCUUGUUUAUGAUUAACACAGCUUCCACUCUGGCAAUAGCCAACCUUUGCUUGGAUUUGUUGAACCAAAACCAAAUGCAACAUUUUGUAGAAAUCAGCAAACUGGAGCGCUGGGUGGAAAUGGUAUUAAUCCUACUUCUAAGUUAAUUUCCCUUUUCCAUUUUUUUUUCUUUUUAGUCCAGAUUGGUUGUAUAGCCUUUAGUUGUUAACGAUUUAAGAUUGAGGAUUUCAAUAACAAUAAUCACUUUUCAAUGAUCACCAAGCAACGCAAAAGGUACUGAGCACCAAAUGACCUAUGACAUUUAGUGCCACCACCUUUCGCCUGGGCGAGGCCUUGUUUUUUUCUGUAAGAAGGGAAGAUGUCUAUCAUACGCGAAUAUCGCAUACCACUGCCUUUAACCGUUGAAGAAUACCGCAUUGCACAGCUGUACUCUGUUGCAGAAGCCAGUAAAAACGAAAAUGGCGGUGGUGACGGCGUGGAAAUCGUCCAGAAUGAGCCGUACACGAAUGAUCCGGAGCAUGGAGGGUCAGGGCAGUAUACUUUGAAGAUGAUGCAUAUAGAGAAUAAAGUUCCAGCUCUCAUAAGAAAUCUCGCCCCGAAUGGUUCCCUGGUAUUGGAGGAGCGCUCGUGGAACUCUUUUCCUUACUGCACAACGGUUUACACAAAUAGCUACAUGAAAGAACGGUUCAAAAUCGAAAUUAUUUCGUGGUACAAGGAAGAGAGAGUCUCCAAGAACGACAACUCAAACAAACAUCACACUUUGACUGAAAGCGAAUCAGCAAAGAGAGUUGUAGAAUUUAUUGAUAUUGUAAAUGAUCCAGUAGAUCCGACUGAUUACAAAGUGGAAGAAGACCCAACAAAAUUCAAGUCAACAAAGACAGGGAGAGGACCAUUAGGUGGAACAGAGUGGUAUUCAAACUGUGAAUCCUACAUGUGCUGUUACAAGCUAUACAAAGUAAAUUUUGAGUGGUUUCAACUUCAGUCAAAGGUCCAGUCUCUUAUCCUGAAAGUUGUAAGGCGACUGCUUCUCAAUUUUCACAGACAAGUCUUUUGCUGGCUUGACAAGUGGCAUGGAUUGUCAAUUGAAGAUAUCAGAGAAAUUGAAGAGAAGACGAAGCAUGAAUUAGAUCAACAAAGAAACAGUGAGGGAAUGUGCGAACAUUAGUAAAUUAUAUCAUCAAAGACAUGAAAUUUUUUUAAAAAUAUUCUAACCAAAAUGAAACCCCUAGUGAAUUUAUUUACAACAGUCCUUUGCAUCAUCACACAUUUCAAAACAUUCUGAUACGAAAGCUGUAACAACAAUAUAUGUGCAACAUUUUUUGCAAUUUUUGUUAGAAGAGACAAUACAGUUCAUCUAUUUCUACAGCUAGGAACAUCAACAUAGCAGAUUCAGUUAUAUCUAUUUUCAAACAGUAAAUCUACAUGUAAAGAAAAUUUCUUUAUAGCCUCAGCAUAUCCAUCAUUAGCUCAGGGUAAAGAGCUUGGUGUAACAAAUUAACUUUUUCAACUCAGACACCCAGUUUUCAUUAUUUGGUUUCGAUGUGGUGGUGUCUGUUUUAUAGUAAAUUCUGACAAAUUUGAGGUUUGAGUCCAGAAAACAAUCUGACUGUAAUAGGCUGGAGGGGGGAAGGAGCUACAUCACAAGAAAAACUUUCAGACCACUCCCUUUAGGUUGGCAGAGGCCUUUAGGUUGCUUUUUUUAGAUUACUUGUCAACUCCCUUUAGGUAUUUUGUAGACUUAAUCAAUUAGUUAAAAUAAACUGAUGCGAGAAGAUGCAUGAUGCGACUGCUACUGUAAACACCACAAGAAAUGCAGACUGGUCAGGCACCAAACCCACUUUAACACAAUUUUUACCAACAUUGCAUAAAAAGACCACUAUUCUUAGCAUGGAUGGAUUUUAGAGAAGGAUUGGGGGUGUGAAACAAUAAUUGGAGUUUGGGACCACACCCUUCAGGUAUCUGGAAAAUGGUAGAAACGCCCAUUAUUACAAUAAAAUUUUCAACUAUAGAAUAAAGAAGAUAAGAUGAUAAAUAAACUGGCCAUACCAGGAAUAAAUAUGCAGUGAACCGCACUCCUUGUGCCAAGGGAAAAUGGGGUGCUAUUUGUAUUUUAGCAUAAUGAAGUAUUUAUAAACAUUUAUUAUAGAAAGUAAAAAAUUUGAGAUUUUUACCCAUUUUGAAAGUAUUCAAUUUUGCACAAGAAAAUUACCUUUUUUCAAAGCUAUUUGGCAUAUGGAAUGUAAAAAUUUUAUUAGAAAGCCAAAAGUUACACAAAUUGGAGGUUUUCAGAAUUCUUUCAAAAGUGGAUAUCCACAAAAAUGGAGGUUUUUGAAAAUGCUCCAAAUGAACCUAAAAAAACAGAAAAAUGCACAAAAAAGGAGUACUUUUUACUCUGUUUCUGUCGGCAGUGUGAACACACAAAAACAGGGGUUUCUGAAAACACACAAAUCAAAUUUCAAAAUGAAAAAGUGUCAACGGUCAAAACAAAAAAAACAUAUCUUUAUUCCGUUUAUGUGAGCAUGGACCAGAGUGAAAGGAACCUAUUGCCAGGCGCAGGAGGGCUGGGGGGUUUUCUGCACAAGAUUCUAACAGCCUUCACAACAAACGAAAAGUUUUUUUGUCUAACACUCCUCAGAGUUUAAAGCGUCAGAGUAGGGGUUCAGAAGAACACAAUGAAAAAUAUAUACCCAGCUGUGGAUCAAAAUAGGCCAAUCAAAAAAAGUCAAGCACCAUGACUGUUGCAGUUGUUCAAUCAGUGCCACAUGCCUAAAGAAAAAAACAACUGGAGUCCAAGAGAGAAACAAUAGCGGCUUUUUUACUUGUAUGUAGAUCGAUUCCAAAACUGCUAGAUGAAAUGACAACUGGGCUCUGCCAAUUAUCAGAAACAUGUUGUCAUUAUAGAGUUUCGCAUAAUUUGGGUUAUCUGAAAGAUGUUGACCGAUGGCAGAAUCAUUUGUUUUAACAGUGUUUUGCACAAUCUGGGAUGUCUAAAAGGUGUCUCCGAUGGCAGAAUCACUAGUUUUCAUGGUUUUUUAGACCAGCUUUUAGCAUGUUGUGAAAUGUUUGCUUUUUUCAUCUGUUUUCAAGUUUUGUACUGCCAAAGAAUUGUUCAAACUAGGAAUACAUACACAUUCCAUGAUACAUAAAAAUAUGGUCUUAAAUCAAAUAAAUUACCAACAUAAAUGCUUAAUAAAUAAUAUCAAUUUAUGCUGUAGUCUGCUUUUUUUACUUUACCUUGGAUGUUCAGUUCCUCAGGGGUAAGUCUUUCACUUUCAGGCAAAUAAUAAUUUAAAGUUUGCAAAAGUACAGUUGUUUUUUCCAUGUUUGUGCUUAUUCUACUUAUCAAUGAUUCAACUUCAAAGAAUCUAGGCAUAUCAACAAGUAUUUGGUCCAUUUGCUUGUGUCUCUCAUUGCAUUCUUUGAACACUUUGGCUGUAAACAAAUCCACUUCCUUAAUUCUCUUGGUAAGAGCAUUCUGAUCAAAUGAUACUGCUUCUGCACAUUCAGUUAAAUGAUACUGGUACCUCAACAACAUUUCUGUUAAAUGAUCUGGGCUUAGACCAGGUAUUAAAUCCAAACCUUCAAUAGGGAUUCCUGAAAUAUUUUUUAUGACUGGAUAUGUUAUCCUCAGUUUUUUUAGCUUUUUUAAUGUGCUAUCCAUAUUAUCUUUAGAAGCAUCAGGUACGUCUUUAACUACUAUUAUAUCCUCUAUUUUUGCUUUUUGUUUCGGUGUCAAUGAUGGCUUGUGUUUUACUCCAGAUGCUUGCAUAGGGGGUUUUUCUUUGUCAGCGAAUUCUUGGCUUUGUUCUUGACCCAUUUUCAGCGGAACUCUGAAAUAGAUCAGAGAUAUUACA